AUGGGUCUCAUAAAAUUCAUCAAAAUGAAUCAUCCAAUAUCCAGCAAACUGAUAGCCCUAGGAAUGAGGCAGCUUGCCCCUUUGUCUACUUCUACACGAGCUAUGGCAGCUGGUGAUACUGGAUCUCCUAAAGUCGGAGGCUCGGCAUCUGCGGACGCAUUUACCCAGCGAGAAAAGUCAAACGAAGACUUUCACAUUAGGUCAAGGGAAAGAGAGAAGUUGCUUGAACUCAAAAAACGUAUCUCAGAACAACACGAUCACCUACGUCGACUUGAAGAACACCUCGACGAACUUUCAAAUAUGGAUCCCGGUGCAGGAGGAGGUGGGAAAAAAUAG